AUGACGACGAAAACAAUUCCCUCCUUUGGAUCGAGGAGUCUGUGUGCACUGUUCUUGUCGUUGUUGGCUCACUUGAUUGCUGUCGCCGCAUCUCCCAACCCGGCAGUCAACCCCACGCACGUCGCACCAGACCCGGUUCUUACCAAGAGGGUGAAGUUAGAAGUGCCUCCUUUUGGGAAAGAUUACAAUGGCCGUGUCAAGAAGGGCGAGUGGCUUAAUGGCCUCUUUUCUCUAAAUGACGAAGACGCGAAAAAAUGGGCCAGCCCGUACCAGAACCCGGACGAACUAUUCGAUUGGGGGUGGACGCCUUAUGUUCAAGCCCCCUGGUUGCCCUUGCAAGAAGGGCAAAAGGUUCGAAAGCCCGAGUUCGGGGACAAGUUGGAUGCGGCAUUCAAAGACCCGGAAUUCCCAGUAGACAAAGAGAAACUCGCACUCUACCGCUUCGUCCACGAUAAAGAGUUUGAGUAUAAAGACGGGCGUAAGGGGGAGCCGACGGAAGCGAGAUACUACAAUGUGGCCAGUCCGCAAGACGGCGCAUUCAUUUUUGAUUCGAACUGGAGCCCUACAUACCAGAGGAAGGAAGAUCGUAUAGGGGACGUCCCUGACCUGGACACGCUGUCCGACCUUGCCUACUUCCAGUGGCGGGACAGCUGCCAGGCUGUCGGUGUCGAGUUCGGCAGCCUCAAGGUCAUCUUCCGUUCUAAUAUUUACUACGCCCCAACUUUCAACACUAUCAUAGAGACAAUGCGCCAAGCGGAUUAUUCGCAGGUCCCAGGCUGGGAUAAGCGCGUGACGUUCUCGAUGGACUCGCAGGAGGGACACGCGAUCCUUGGCAGUGCCCACGGAGCUUCAACAGCCUGGUUCCUCAUCCAGCAUAGAGAGGAAUUAGGUGCGAAGAGGUUAAAGGAGGUGGUGGUGUGGGGAGCGACGGGAGCGUUUGGGCUAGACAUGGACAUGGAAGUCGCAAACUUGACUCUGAGGUUCACAGUCACAAACGCGUAG